AUGCCUCAGGAGAAGAGGAAGUGGCAGACGGAGAUGGAGAACAAGAAGCGUCAGCUGGAGGACGACAGGAGAGCUCUGCAGCACCUGAAGUCGAAGGCUCUCAGGGAGCGCUGGCUGCUGGACGGAGCACCCUCUGCUGGACCAGAACAGGAGGACGCCAGGAGACAACUGGAGCAGGACGAGGCCAAGACCAGGAGCCUGGAGGAGACCAUCAACAGGCUGGAGGCGGAGCUUCUGAGUCUGGAGACAGGAGGAGUGUGUGAGACCGAAACACACACAACUGUUUCAUCAGGAUCUCUUAAAGCUGUGGAGGUCAAAGGUCACAGCAGACGUCAGCAAGACAAAGCUGCUGCAGCCUCAGAUCAGAUAGUUCAAGAGGUCAAAGUUGACAGAAGCCCUCGAAUGAACAAAGCGAGUGAGGAGACAGAUGAGAUGAAGAGAGUGGUCCACGAGAUGAACGGUGUAGAUGGCGUUCAGCUGCUCAGCGUCUCUGAGGUUGAAGAGCUCAUCCACAAAGCCGACGAGGCCUCCAUGAUGUCACAGACCGUCGCCACGGUGACCCCUCCCCCGACAGCGGAGGUCCGGGAGGAGGCGCAUCCCAAGCUACCACCGGCAGAGAUCACCGGGCUGGAGGCCAAACCGUGCGACGAGCCGAGCGUGGCCGAGGCCAGCGCCGAGAACCCCGUCACCAUGGUGUUCAUGGGGUAUCAGAGCGUGGAGGAUGAGGACCAGACCAAGAAGGUUCUGGGUCUUCAGGGGACGGUGAGAGCCGAGCUGGUGCUGAUCCACGACGCCAACGGGAAGACAUCACCGGGAGGAGGGACGGAGGACACCGCCGGGGCUCAGACACCGGCUCCAGCUCCGCCCGCCGCACCGCCCGCCACGCCGCCCGCCGCACUGCCCUCCACCAAACCUCUGGAGACGGCAGCGGCGAGCAACGGGGAGACGGCGGGUGAGGUGAAGGGUGGAGCGGAGGAGGUGAAGGGUGGAGUGGAGGAGGUGAAGAAGGAGAAGCAACCAUGUAAGUGCUGCAGCAUCAUGUGACCCUGCAGCGUCAUGUGACCCUGCAGCAUCAUGUGACCCUGAAGGCGGCGCCGCUUCAGAAUGUAACCAUAUUAACAUAAAAAGAACGGAGACUUUCCAGGACAAAAACUACAGGAAGUAAACUCCACCCACUGCCCUAAGCCCCGCCUCUAACAACAUGACAUCAUUUCCUGUUUCUUCAUUCUCUUGUUUUAUAAAACCUCUCUUUACUUUUUUCUAUUUUCUUGAAGCGUUUUUACUUUUGU